AGAAAAAAAAGUGCACGCAAAGCGAGGAUCGGGUGGUUGGGUGUAUUCGCUGGUGAUCCGACCCGGAAAUUACCCUAAAUGGCCGAGGCAAGUGUGGCAUCGAGAAAGACGAAACUGCUGAAUCGGCGGCGAUUCGCGAGUUCCUGAGCAACGAACGAACGAUGCAACCACUGAGGGACGAAGACUCGUCUUCGAUUCAUCACGACUCUAAAAACUCUUCUAUCCCUUCCGGUGAUACUUCCGUCUGGGCCGAUGUCUCGCCUCUCCUCUCCGCCGCCUGCACUGAUCUUCAAGAGGGCCAACUCAUUAAUGAGGUUCAACUCAUUUUGCAGAUCUUCAAGAGGGCCAACUCAUUUUGAGAUAAUUUCAAUCUUUUUGCUGCCAUGUCUGCUUUGGAGAUUAUGGACCCAAAGAUGAAUUCUGGAAUGGUGUCUACAUUUUAUUCUAUAGAUGAAGCCAUCGAAAGCGGUUUUGCGCCGGUCCCUGUAAGCUCUGAUAGUACUGUUAAUGUGCAAUCCAUUAUUGACAUUAUGGACCAUCUUCUGGCGUGCGAGGCAACGUGGCACAUGGGUCAUUCGCUGGCCCAAACUGUGUUUUCAUGCAUCUAUGUUCUGAGGCCUGAAAGGACAUCUUCACAGGCUCUAUUGCAUUCUUAUUGUAGGGUCAUCCGAGCAACUUGCAGGGCAGUUGUUUCUGUUGUUUCAGAUGCACGUACAAAUGAAGUAAUUAACUUUAACAAAUUUUUGUCCUCUUUUACUCUUGCGGUAUUAAGCAAAUGUUUACUUCUUAGAUCUUUUAAUCUGUCCAACAUUUUGUUUUCUGGCAUAAAGAAACGUAGUUAUUUACCCAUUUGACAUUUUAAUAGUUGUCACUAACCA